AUGGAGAAUUUCUGUCCAUGGGUGCGUGCCUUCGGAUUGAUUCUUCUGGAAGUGGAGCUGGCGCGGUGUUGGGAGUUAGGGUGCGCGCACUCGACCAGCUUGGGUUGCCUGGUGUCCUGCGGACGUGGUGGCACGGAGGGCGGUAUGGUUGGGGUCACGCUGCGCGGCGCUGUCGGUGGUGAUUUUUCGUUUCGUCGAAUUUAUCCUGAAUCCCCAUUCCCUAUACUAAUAUUCGAUCUUCGGCUACCCCCAUUUCUGAAUGUGAUUAUUGGGAUCUUGGUAGAUGACAUGUAUCUACUUCUAUUACUCCUCUCUUGUCCGGUUUUUUCUUCUUCCUUAUUUGAAGAAGACUGCUUUCAAUAUGGAGGACGUGUUAUUGGCCGAAAAUGUGCAUUAAAUAAUGAGGUUAUUGGCCUCGACUUAUCCAAUUCAGAUCUUAUUCAACCACCGCCUGAAAUCUCAUCGAAUACUCUCCUCUUUUUACAUUUGUAUGGGAACCCAAAACUGCGGCCUUUGGAAAGUCUUUGUGAGUGCGUCGCCCUUGAUCGACUUCUCAUUGAUGCCAACAUUUCAUCUCCGGGUGGGCAUUUCUCCUGGAAUUCAACUGAAACCAUGCGCAAUUCCACGAUCCGUGUUUGGGAGCACCAGUUGGAUUUUUGCCAGACCUUUGGUAAAGACCACAUCUGUCCGGCCAACUCCGAAUGCAUUUUUAAUGGGCCAGGCUGUUUCAACUGCAUGUGUAAUGCCAACCACUGGGGGUAUCGCUGCCUCCAACGGGGCAUCUUUCCCACCGCCACCUUCAUCAUCGGUACAGCCUUGGGAGUGAUCUUUCUCUGUGUUUUACUGCUUUUCUAUCGCUUCUCCGCGCGUUGGACCGUUGUCUACCAAGCUCUUCCUUCGGGGGAGGCCUAA